AUGACUGACUCUAUUUACACGGGUGAUGAUUUUGCUGAAAAGGUGAAGAAGCAGGUUGAAUUUUACUUUUCAGACUCUAACCUCCAAACUGACAAAUUUUUAUGGCGCAUCUAUGAAGCCAACGAUGGGUGGGUGGAGUUAAAGACCAUCUUGACAUUCGGCCGUAUGAGACAGUACAGACCCGAGGAAAAAGUAAUUGAGGCUUUGAAGACUUCUGAUAAGUUGACUUUAUCUCCUAAUGAAGAUAUGGUCAGAAGGUCUGCUCCAUUAAAGGAUUACAAUGAAUUAAAGAACAUUAGAAGAAGAAACUCCGUCCACAUUGAAGGUUUUCCUAAUGAUCUCACCCAAGAGGCAUUGGAAGAGUGGUUCACUACCAAAAUCAUUCCUAACUUGCCAAAAGAAAAGAAUGUGUGUUCUAUUCGCAGAAUCAGAAACAGAGCCACCAAAGAGUUUUUUGGUGUCGUUGAUGUCGAGUUUAGAACCCAAGAGGAUUCUGAAUUCUUCUUAGGCGUGUCAGUUAGUUACCCUCGUGGUAUUGUCAAGGACGAAGAAGUUGAUGAGAAAGAUCGUUUGAAGAAAAUGUCCCUCUUGACAUUCAGAGAAAUGAGAGAAUCUGGCAAGAGAUUUGGUGUCAACGAGGUUACCAAAAGACGUAACUCCUUCAAGGAUAACAACAGAAAGAAGUUCCGCAAGGGAGGUAAGAGAGAUGACAAAGCGUUGAAAGAGGACGUUAAAGAGGACGUUAAAGAGGCCAAGGAAGACUCCAAGGUAGAAUCCAAGGAAGAUGAGAGUCACACGAAAGAAAACAUGGAGCCAAGUACAGAGAAAAAAGAAAUUACACAGCAAACAAAGGAGGGUUCAGAUGACACUAAAGAAGUGAAGGAGGAGGCUAAGGUUGAAGCCAAUGCCUAG